GAGAAAGGAAAGCUGUAUUUAAUGGUAAAUAGCAUUUGAGGUUGUUAUGUAAUUGUAAGCUACAAAAUGAUACCAGACCUAUUCAAUUCUCCUCUAUAACUGCCCUCCACGCUCGCAUUUGUAUACACAUUUCAUCUACCCAGCAAGAGAGAGAGAUACACAGAUUUCCUAAUGGCGAAGGCCAAGUAUAUCGUCGAAGUCGAGCCAGGGAAGCCUUCCAAGGACGGCAAACCGUCGAUCGGACCGGUUUACCGGAGCAUUUUCGCCAAGGAUGGUUUUCCGCCUCCGAUUCCCGGACUCGACAGCUGCUGGGAUAUUUUCCGUUUGUCAGUAGAAAAAUAUCCCAAUAACAGGAUGCUUGGUCGCCGUGAAAUUGUUGAUGGGAAGCCAGGUAAAUUCUUAUGGAUGACUUACAGAGAGGUGUACAAUGUAGUGGUGAAAGUUGGUAACUCCAUCCGCAGUUGUGGCAUUGAGCAAGGAGGACGUUGUGGAAUCUAUGGCGCCAAUUCUCCUGAGUGGGUUAUUAGUAUGGAGGCAUGCAAUGCUCAUGGACUCUACUGUAUCCCUCUAUAUGACACGUUAGGGGCUGGGGCUAUUGAGUUCAUCAUCUGUCAUGCUGAAGUUACACUAGCUUUUGUAGAAGAGAAAAAGAUCUCUGAGCUUUUAAAAACAUUUCCAGGUGCAGCAAGUUACUUGAAAACAAUUGUAAGCUUUGGGAAGGCUAAUUCUCAGCAGAAGGAAGAGGCUGAAAAAUAUGGGGUGAUUAUGCAUUCUUGGGAUGAAUUUUUGGCACUGGGCUCAGAUAAGAACUUUGAACUUCCAGUGAAAAAGAAAAGCGACAUUUGCACUAUCAUGUAUACUAGUGGUACCACUGGAGACCCCAAGGGAGUCAUGAUUUCUAACAACAGCAUUGUCACUUUAAUAGCUGGAGUGAAAUGUCUACUAGGGAGUGUCAAUGAAUCGUUGACAGCAAAUGAUGUGUAUCUAUCAUACCUUCCAUUGGCCCAUAUCUUUGAUCGUGUUAUUGAAGAGUGUUUCAUUAAUCAUGGGGCUUCAAUUGGAUUUUGGCGUGGGGAUGUGAAAUUAUUAACGGAAGAUAUUGCGGAGCUUAAGCCGACUAUUUUCUGUGCAGUUCCUCGGGUUUUAGAAAGAAUUUAUUCAGGUUUGCAACAGAAGAUAUCUGCAGGGGGUUUUAUCAAACAAACCAUGUUUAAUUUUGCUUACUCUUUAAAACUAGGUAAUAUGAGAAAGGGCCUUAAGCAUGCCGUGGCAUCUCCAAUGUCCGACAAAGUUGUGUUCAGUAAGAUAAAGCAAGGUCUUGGGGGUAAUGUGAGGAUAAUCUUGUCCGGAGCAGCACCGCUUGCCUCCCAUGUAGAAGAGUAUCUGAAAAUAGUGACUGGUUCUUAUGUUCUUCAGGGAUACGGCUUGACAGAAACUUGUGCUGGUACAUUUGUUUCAAUACCGGAUGAGUUGAAUAUGUUGGGCACAGUGGGACCUCCAGUGCCUAAUGUAGAUGUUUGUCUGGAAUCUGUUCCUGAAAUGGGAUAUGAUGCACUUUCGAGCAAACCACGUGGAGAAGUAUGUGUAAAGGGGGAUACUCUAUUUUCCGGCUACUACAAACGCGAAGACCUUACCAAAGAAGUCUUUGUUGAUGGCUGGUUUCACACAGGUGACGUUGGUGAAUGGCAGGCAGAUGGAAGCUUGAAAAUUAUUGAUCGUAAGAAGAACAUUUUCAAACUCUCACAAGGAGAAUAUGUAGCAGUAGAGAACUUGGAAAACGUCUAUGGUCUAGUUGCUGCAAUUGACUCGAUAUGGGUAUAUGGGAACAGCUUCGAGUCUUGCCUUGUUGCUGUAAUAAACCCAAGCAAACAUGCAGUGGAGGAAUGGGCCGAACAGAAUGGUGUAUCGGGUGACAACUUCGAGACCCUCUGUGAAAAUCCCAAAGUAAAAAAAUACUUCACUGGAGAGCUUGCAAGGAUUGGAAAGGAAAAGAAGUUAAAGGGUUUUGAAUUCAUCAAAGAUGUCCACCUUGAUCCAGUUCCAUUCGACUUGGAACGAGGCCUUAUCACGCCAACGUUCAAGAUUAAAAGGCCUCAGAUGCUCAAGUACUACCAGAUUGCUAUUGACAACAUGUACAAGAACUUGAAAUAGGCUGCCUGCAUACAACCAAAGAAAUGGACUCUCACAGUAAUGUUAUGAAAAGCCCACAGCUUGAAAUUGACUUAUUUUGGAUUAUGUAUAUGAUAAUUCCUUUAAUUUUAUUUGCCCCUUAUAAACUCUCUAUGAAUGCUAGUCACUACAUGGUUUUAGUGUA